UAAUACUAACAAUACCGAUAACAUUCAUCGGUAUUACUGCAGGUGCUCAUAGAUUAUGGUCACAUAAAGCAUACAAAGCUAAAUGGCCGAUGAGACUAAUACUGAUGAUUUGCCAAACAAUGGCGUUUUAAAAUAGCAUUUAUGAUUGGGUAAGAGAUCACCGGGUCCAUCACAAGUUCACCUAUACUGAUGCCGAUCCUCAUAACGUGAAAAAAGGAUUUUUCUUCUCUCAUAUUGGUUGUCUUAUGCUAAAAAAGCAUCCUGAUGUUAAAAUAAAAGGUGCUACUAUAGAUAUGAGCGAUCUCAAGAAAGAUUCGUUGGUCGUAUGGCGACACAGACAUUAUAGAAUUCCUAUGCCACUGAUUUGUUUCAUCAUUCCUACGUUAAUACCUAUAUAUUUGUGGGGAAAGGGUUUGAGGACGCGAUAUGCCACUGUUACCAGGUACGUCCUAUCCUUAAACAUUACCUGACUAGUAAAUUCUGUCGCACAUAUUUGGAGCGCAAAACCAUAUGAUAGGUAA